GUGAAGAAACUUGGUGCAUUAUAGAAAUAAAUUAUCAGUUGUUGGAAUUUUAAAAAUAGAGUAUGAAACGCCAGAAAAAAUUUGAUAGUGAAAAUGGUUUCGAAGCAUGGGGUGAUUAUAUGGGCGCAAAAAUUUCCAAACUAGAGGAACAAUUUCGCCACUCAGCAGCAAAUGCAGAAGAAAAACUGACAGAUCUUUUCGCUGGUAUUUCGAUAUUUGUUAACGGCUAUACAAAUCCUUCUUCCGACGAACUGAAGCGUCUAAUGAUCCAGCACGGGGGAGUCUAUCAUCAUUAUAAACGUCCGACAACGACUUACACCAUCGCAUCCAAUCUUCCAGAUGUGAAAGUAAAAUCGAUUACAUCCGAAAUUAUUAUCAGUCCUCAGUGGGUGGUCGACUGUAUAGAAAAAAUGAGCAUAGUUGAUUAUACAAAAUAUUUGUUGUACUCGAACCAUAAGCCAUCUCAGCCAAAGUUGAUGUUUGGAAGAGUCGUUAAAACCGGUGAUGUAAAAAAAUCGAAUGAACAAAAUGACAUUAGUAAGGUAGAGGUUUUGAGUUUGAUGAGCAAGCUAACUGUACUAAAUGAAAAAUUCAAAGGAUCUGAUUUCAAUGAUAAUACAACGUGUGAGCAAGAUUCGAUUUCGCAAAAACCGAUCAAUGAUGCUGUCGAAAACAAAAGCUUCAGUGCUCAAGCAUCAACAAGUACAUCGGCUUUAUCUGAAAGCAAUAUAGUUACAGAUCAUGCCAUCGAAGACAAAGCCAGAAUCGUUGAAGCUCAUAUUGCAAAAAUCGAACCAACGAGUGACCCGAAAAAGCCUACGAGAGCAUCAUUAACAGCAACUGAUCCAAACUUUCUUCAAGAGUUCUUUAAUAACUCUAGAUUACAUCACAUAGCAACGCUUGGAGCUGGUUUCAAGCAACACGUGAGUGAAUUACGUGAGAAGCACGAUGGAUUUUUUCCGGAAAGAGAUAUCCUACGCCAGAAGGUUAGCAAUUCGGGAGAGUUCGGGACCGAAGGACCGUUUAUCAUGCACAUCGAUAUGGACUGCUUCUUCGUUUCCGUUGGGCUUCGUAAGAAUCCGCAUCUUCGAGGGCAUCCGGUUGCUGUGACGCAUUCGAAGGGCUCCGAAGGCGGAAAAAUGCAAUCUCGUCCGGGACAGGAUCGGACCAAGGAAAUCGAACUGUACCAGAAACGACUUGAGGAACGUUUUAAAACGCCAGACAUUCCGUACGAGUCACGAUUGCUUAACAUUGAUGACAACAACUCAAUGUCGGAGAUCGCGUCUUGCAGUUACGAAGCACGCAAACUGGGUGUCAAAAAUGGAAUGUUCGUCGGUUCAGCUUUGAAGCUUUGUCCGAAUUUGAAAACCAUCCAGUAUGAUUUUGAUGGUUACAGAGAAGUUGCCUUCACACUGUACAACACUAUUGCCAAGUAUACGCUGAAUAUAGAAGCAGUUAGCUGUGAUGAAAUGUUUGUGGAUCUGACCGAACUGAUUAACAAUACGAGUGUCAAUGUGAUGGAUUUCGUUAGCUACGUUCGAGCAGAGAUUAAAGAUAUUACGGGCUGUCCUUGUUCGGCAGGGGUCGGUGCUAAUCGUUUACAGGCACGCAUGGCCACGAAAAAAGCCAAACCGGAUGGACAAUAUUAUUUAACACCCGAUCACGUUGAAGAGUAUAUGAGGAACAUACCGAUUGCAGAUUUGCCCGGCAUCGGACCCAGCACAACUUAUAGAUUAAAGCAAUUGUCAUGGAAUACUUGUGGAGACUUGCAACGGAUUUCUGGUACUAUUCUUCAGCGUGAGUUCGGAAAAAAAUUCGGUGAAACCAUAUAUCAAGCGUGCAGAGGCAUCGAUAAUCGGCCUUUAGUGUAUGAAAAUAUAAGAAAGUCUGUAUCCGUCGACGUCAAUUAUGGUAUCCGAUUCAAGGACGAUGCUGAAGUAAAGCGUUUCAUGAAGCAGCUUUCUGAAGAGAUUCAUAAACGACUGAAUGAAAUAAAGAAACGUGGAAAAUUAAUCACUGUAAAAUUGUUAGUCAGAUCUCCAGAAGCACCAGUGGAAACUGCAAAAUAUAUGGGGCACGGGUUAUGCGAUAUAAUAACCAAAUCGGCACCGUUGAAAGAGUACACUUGUGAUUUGAAUGUUAUUGAAAAUACCGUACAUUCUCUUAUGAGCCAAAUUGCCGCACCUCCCCAUGAGCUUCGUGGCAUAGGAUUGCAAAUUUCUAAAUUCGAAGAUAGUAAAAAUCAUGUCGAGACGAAGAAUUCUUUGAAAAUGAUGUUUCAACGAGCUGAAGCUAAAAUUGAAUCUUCCAAAACUGCCCAAGAAAACAAGGGAACUAGCAUUGUAUCUACGUCUGAAACAUCUCCGGUCAAGCCAUCUGUAUCCAAAUUGGAGGUAACUCCUACUAAAAUACUAUCCAUCGAACCUCCAAUUGCUCCGAGUCGGGAUGUAUCCUCAAAGAAGAGUGACUCGAAAUAUAAAAAUUCCGCCCAAAAAGUUGGGAAAAGUCGAGGUCGUCCACCAAAAUGUCAGGUUACAAAUAAACUCAAGCAAAGUAACGACAUGUUGCGAUUUCUCAAGGAGCCUAAGAUUGAGUCUCAGCAAGAAAUAAUUCCAGAAGGUAUUGAUCCUAAGGUACUAGCUGAACUACCAGAUGACAUACGUGCGGAAGUCUUAAAAGACUAUAAAUUUAGAGCUAAACCAUCCGUUGCCAGUGACAAAAAAUCAAAUCUACUACCCCAAGAACAAUCCGUAGCAUCAUCAUCAUCGUCAUCAGAAUCAAUAUCUAAUCCAGAAAAAAUAACUGUUGAUCUAAAGUUUCUUCAAGCUCUUCCUGCAGAAUUACGACUGGAGGUCGAAAAACAAAUCGAGUUGAACAAGGAUACCAUGAUGGUAACAAGCAGUGAGCCGGAAUUUAGUGAACACCUACAGGUUACUCCAGAGACAAGUCCGAUAAAAGAUGCAUUAAAAGUAUCUCCUGCAGUACCAGAAACGGAAAUGGUGUCAGAGCCGGAAAACGUUUUGCUGCAGACUGACUGGCGUAAAACGCUGCAAGCUUGGGUGGAUAGUUCCGAAGAACCGGAACAGGUAGAUGUAGAUAUUAUUGCGACCUGUGCGAGCGAGCUAGUCGAAGGAAAAUAUUUAAGUGAGCUGCAUUUAGCCUUAAGAUAUCUUUUCAGAAUUAUAGAAGAACGAAAAUUAUGCAGCUGGCACCGCGCAUACUUCCGCAUUGUAAAUUCAACGCAGGCUUCUAUGAAAAAGCUCUAUCGCGGUGAGCUAAAUGUACAGGGUGACUUUGGCUGUGUCAAUAAGAAAUGCUCCGAUUUAAACUAA